AUGUGCUGGGGUUGCUGGGUGUUCGAAGGCGUCUAUAACAAUUCUCGAAUGCUGCAUUUCCUGACGGCUGUCGUGGGCUCCACGUGUGAUGUGAAUGUGAAAAAUGGCAGCACCUUUGAGGGGAUUUUUAAAACCCUCAGCUCUAAGUUCGAGCUUGCUGUGGAUGCUGUGCACAGGAAGACCCCAGAUCAGCUGGUGGGACCUAAGCGGGAGGACAUUGUGGACACCAUGGUCUUCAAGCCCACCGAUGUCAUGCUGGUGCAUUUCCGUAAUGUUGAUUUCAAUUACGCCACCAAAGACAAGUUCACGGACUCUGCCAUCGCCAUGAACUCCAAGGUUAACGGGGAGCACAAAGAGAAGGUGCUGCAGCGCUGGGAAGGAGGGGACAGCAACAGUGACGACUACGACCUGGAGUCUGACAUGUCUAAUGGCUGGGAUCCCAAUGAGAUGUUCAAGUUUAAUGAAGAGAACUAUGGCGUGAAGACAACGUACGACAGCAGUUUGUCCUCCUACACCGUCCCUCUAGAGAAAGAUAACUCAGAGGAGUUCCGGCAGCGGGAAGCCCGGGCGGCCCAGUUGGCCCGGGAGAUUGAGUCGAGCCCCCAGUACCGCCUGCGCAUUGCCAUGGAGAAUGAUGACGGCCGGACGGAGGAGGAGAAACACAGCUCUGUGCAGAGGCAGGUGUCUGGCAGGGACAGCCCCAGCUUGGCCUCCAGGGAGGGCAAGUAUGUCCCGCUGCCACAGCGCGUCAGAGAGGGCUCGCGAGGCGGCGUCCGGUGCAGCAGCUCCCGGGGUGGGAGGCCAGGGGUGGGGUCCAUCCCUCCCCGGGGCAGUGCGCACCAUCCAGACAGCAACUCUAGUCCUGUCCCGGAGCAGCGAGGGAUCAAUGGAGGACCCUCCCGAAUGUCUCCGAAGUCCCAGCGCCCCAUCCGGGGUGCCAAGACCAUGUCUUCCCCGUCAAGCCGCCCUGUGGAGGUCUCAGCAGCUCCCCCUGCAGUGGGCCGCAUGUACCCUCCUCGCUCUCCCAAGUCUGCCUCAGCCACUCCAGUCUCUUCCCAGGAUUCUCCAGUGGGAUCUGCCGUGCCAGCAGCACCCGCAUCCCCAUCGGAGGCCAGAACUGGCCUGGAGUCGAGUGUUUCCCCAAACCCCCCUUCUCCCAAAGUAGCCGCCCCCGUGCCGGCCACUGCUGUUGAGGGGAAAGAGGCUCCCACAUCUGUGGCUAAAGAUCCUGGCAGAAUCUUGGAAGUGACGGGGUCAUGUGAGCUCAACAAGGCAGCCAGCAAAGCAGGGCUGCAGAAUGAGCAGAAGCGGACCCAGCUGGAGGAGCUGCGCAAGUUUGGGGCCCAGUUCAAGCUCCAGCCGAGCAGUUCCCCAGAGACCAGCCUGGAGUCCUUCAGUGCCAGGCCCAAGGAGCCUCUGGAGGGCAAGGAGAAAUCCCUUGAGCCGGGCAUCUGCGAGGGUCCUGAGGAGGCGCCCGCCGUGAGCAUGGUGCCAAAGCCCAGCGGGACCAGCCUGGAGCUGCUGCCGGAGAGUGGCAAAGAGGAGAAGGGUCUGUGUGAGGUGGCCGAGCAGCAGGCGGCCAGCCCCCCGGGCAAGGGCGAGCCCGAGGACAAAGAGGAGGGGCCUGUGUCCGAGCAAGUGAAGAAAUCGACUCUGAAUCCCAACGCCAAGGAGUUCAACCCCUCGAAAACGCUGCUUUCUGUGAACAAGUCGACGAGCACCCCCACGUCACCGGGCCCUCGCGCCCAUUCCACUCCCUCCAUCCCAGUGAUCACGGCCGGCCAGACGGGCAUGUACAGCCCCCAGUACAUUUCCUACAUACCUCAGAUCCACAUGAGCCCUGCCGUCCAAGCGCCCCAGAUGUACCCGUACCCUGUCUCCAGCUCUGUGCCUGGCCAGCAGGGCAAGUACCGAGGGGCCAAAGGUUCCCUCCCACCCCAGCGCUCGGACCAGCAUCAGCCGACAUCCGCACCCCCCAUUAUGCAGGCGGCAGCGGCGGCAGGGCCCCCCCUGGUAGCAGCUACGCCCUACUCCUCCUACAUUUCCUAUAACCCCCAGCAGUUCACGGGGCAGCCCACCAUGAUGCAGCCUAUGGCACACUACCCUUCUCAGCCUGUAUUUGCCCCGAUGCUCCAGAGCAACCCCCGCAUGAUGACAUCUGGCAGCCACCCCCAGGCCAUUGUGUCGUCCUCCACACCCCAAUACCCCCCCUCGGAGCAGCCCACGCCCCAGACGCUCUAUGCUACAGUUCAUCAGUCCUAUCCCCACCAUGCGACACAGCUGCACCCCCACCAGCCUCAGCCCGCCACCACCCCGACAGGGAACCAACAACAGGCCCAGCACGCUGCCCCCAGCCCCGUACAGCACCAGGCUGGGCAGCCGCCCCACCUGGCCAGUGCCCAGCAGCAGCAGAACCUGUACCACACGGCCACGCUGACGGCCACGCCGCCCUCCAUCACGCCAGGGCCCAGUGCCCAGUCCCCCCAGAGCAGCUUCCCACAGCAGGCUGUCUACGCCAUCCACGCCCACCAGCAGCUGCAGCACGGCUACACCAACAUGGCCCAUGUCACCCAGUUCAGUCUCACCCAUCCCAGCAGCUCCCAUUCCACCCCCCUGGAAACUGAAGCCUCGAUUCCUGACUGUGAACUGAACUCCCAGUGCCGGCCCCUGCCCGGGAUCCGGUUUGCUCCUUCUGCCCCCUUGUGUGCGCCCCGGCCUGGCAGCCGGGCCCUGAGGUGGAACCCCCAGCCUGCCCCUUACGGGGCCACAGCUGGGGGCGGGGCUUUACCAAGCACCUUUUUUGUUGGUUUGCGGAGCGCGCAGCGGCAAGAGCCACCUGCCCCUGGCUCCUGGAGCCGCCAAGGUUUUAUUUUCUAUUAUUUAUAACUCCAAUUGGGCUGUUAAACAGAGUGUUGGGCUCCCCUCCCCUAGUCAUGCGAACACAGGAGCAGACCAGACUGAUGAACACCGACUUUUUAUUACAUAAAAAUAUUUAAAAAGUGGAAAAAAAAAAUAAAAUAAAAUUUUAAACUAACUCCAUGGUGGGUGUUGGGGUGAGUCUCUGGGGGCUUGUGAGGGGAGGAGAAUAGCCUAAGGAGGUGUUACACUGGUGGAAGGGUGGGGUUGGAGUCCUGGCUUCUGUUCCCUUCAUUUCUGCUGUGUGUGGGGUGGGCCCUGGUGAGAGCAGCAGCACUGGCUGCUAAAGAUCUCUAAUGGAGUGACUAAAACUAGCCUGUGGAGGGAGGGAGGGAGAUCUGCAGCUUCUGCCCUGCUGCCCUCUGUUCCUCCCCCUCAGCUGGAGCAGGGGUGGGUGUCAACUCUCAGCAGCCUGCUCCCCCCCAGUUGGGGGCUAGGCCCCAGCUGCUACUGGAAGACAUGAAGGAGCCUACUGCUCUGCACCAAAUAGGGCCCUGCUCUUUACUCUGGG